CUUUGAUCUCAUAUUAGAAAACUUAACAGUUAUUUCACAUUACUGUGGUUAAAAUUUCUCAGAGCAUCAGUGUCCUCUUGCUACCUAUUAAUUUCAGUCUUCAAAGGUGGUGUUUCUUCUCAGUGGAGUUUUGGGAGAAAAGAAAAAUUACUACAGUAAAAUUUCUGGCUGUUGCCAUGUAUUCAGGGAACAGAAAGGGACUGCUCUUUUCAGAGAGAAUGUCUUGCAGUGCUGCUGAAAUACUUACAUAGCAGUAAACAGACUUAAAACAGCACUAGCAACUCGGAUUUGCUACAUUGUAAGAGCCACUUCACCUUUUGGCUUGUUUCCUUGAAAACUGGGCAAUCGAGGUGGUAAUCAGGGGCUGCAGUUUCUCAAGCCUGGUUGUUGGGAGUUGUGAGCAAAACCCAGUUUGUGAUAGGCAUUGAUUCCUACUGCCACCUAAGUGUCACAGAAGCACAGAGUGGCUGAGAUUAGGUGGGCCCUCUGGAGAUUGUCUGGCCCCAAGCCCAUGCCCAAGGAGGCCCACCUAGAGCUGGAUGCCCAGGAGUGUUUCCAGAUGGGUUUUACAGGCAACCGGUUCCAGUGCUCAGUCACCAUCACAGGAAAACAUGUUUUCAGAAUAUGCAUUUAAGGCCAUAAACCAAGGUGGACUUACAUCUGUAGCUGUUCGUGGGAAAGAUUCUGCAGUAAUUGUAACACAGAAGAAAGUACCUGACAAGUUACUGGAUUCCAACACAGUGACUCAUUUAUUCAAGAUUACUGAAAAUAUUGGUUGUGUGAUGACAGGAAUGACAGCUGACAGCAGAUCCCAGGUGCAGAGAGCCCGCUAUGAGGCUGCUAACUGGAAGUACAAGUAUGGAUAUGACAUCCCUGUGGAUAUGCUGUGUAAAAGGAUUGCAGAUAUUUCUCAGGUCUAUACACAGAAUGCUGAAAUGAGGCCCCUUGGUUGCUGUAUGAUUUUGAUUGGUAUUGAUGAAGAACAUGGCCCUCAGGUAUACAAGUGUGACCCAGCAGGUUACUACUGUGGAUUCAAGGCCACCGCUGCAGGAGUUAAACAGACAGAGUCAACCAGUUUUCUUGAAAAGAAAGUAAAGAAGAAAUUUGACUGGACAUAUGAACAAACAGUAGAGACAGCAAUAACAUGCCUGUCUACUGUACUAUCGAUUGAUUUCAAACCUUCUGAAAUAGAAGUUGGUGUAGUCACAGUGGAAAAUCCUAAGUUCAGGAUCCUUACAGAAGCAGAGAUUGAUGUGCACCUUGUAGCUCUGGCAGAGAGAGACUAAUUAGCAUUCCCAUUUCCAUUGUCUGUGCUUCUGGCCAGGAUGUUUGGUGAAAAGAAAACACUUAAUAAUGGUUUUAGAUUAUGGGUGGGAAACAGUGUUCACUAUAUGAUGUAUUUUACUCUGUACAAAUAAAACAGAGGUUUUUGAAA